UCACCGCUGCGCUCCGGCAGGGGUAGUGAGAGUGAAGAGCACGGGCUGGCAGAGAGCGGACGCGUCGGAAACCUCCCCGGAGGGGCCCCCGUGUAAUUCGAUGCAUGCUGUUAAAGCUUAGAGUAUAUUGUCUUCCCCUUCGCUUAUGAAGCCUCCACCCACCGGCCCACCCUACAUUUAACGGAUCAUGUGACUCGGGGCAGACUAAGAAACAGGAUGUUAAUGCUUGACGGAAUGCCUGCAGUCCGAGUCAAAGCUGAGCCCCUGGAAUCGGAACAAGGGUCACCUAAAGUGCGGCCUUACUCUGCGAUGGACGGCGUGCCCUUCUUCCUCAGCAGAGUCAAAGCGGAGCCCCCAGAAGACCUGCUGGCCCACGACCUGCACUUCCACACACAGACCGAGCCCGUCGACCUGUCGAUCAACAAGCCCCGCCCCUCCUCCUCGUCCACCACCCCUACCACCACCUCGUCAUCCUCCCCGCUCAGAUACGCCUUCUCCCCCUCAUCUUUAUCGUCGUCAUCCUCCUCAUCAUCCUCCUCCUCGCCGUCGGUCAUCACCUCGGCCUCAUCGGUGCUCACGCCGGGCCCCCUGGUCGCGCCCGGAGGCGGGGUGAGAGGUCAGCCGUAUUUGCACAUCCUGCACUCUGUGCCGCCGCCCCCGUCCAGCCCCCUGAGCCUGCAUGGAGCGGGCAAGCUGGCCAGCCAUGUCCACCGCAUCCCAGUCGUGGUGCAGUCGCUGCCCCUCAUGUACACCACUGCCGUCCGAUCGCCCUCCAGCCUCAACAACGCCAUCAUGCUACCUCUGCUGGAUGAGGUGAAGAGCCAGGGCAAAGCACACAUGGACUCCAGCGGCCUGUCGCCAAGGCAGAUCAAGAGCGAGAGCGAAGACGACGACCUGCCAAACGUGACCUUGGACAGUGUUAAUGAGACCGGAUCUACUGCGCUGUCUAUAGCCCGCGCCGUACAAGACUCCAUGUCCCCGUUCAGUAUUGACAGCAUACGGCGCCCCCGGAGGUCAGAGUCACCCGAUUCCAAAAAGAGGAGAAUCCACAGAUGUGACUUUGAGGGCUGCAAUAAGGUGUACACCAAAAGCUCCCAUUUAAAAGCACACCGAAGGACACAUACAGGGGAAAAGCCAUACAAAUGCACCUGGGACGGCUGCACGUGGAAGUUCGCCCGCUCCGACGAGCUGACGAGGCAUUACAGGAAACACACGGGGGUGAAGCCCUUCAAGUGCGCAGACUGUGACCGCAGCUUCUCCAGAUCCGACCACUUGGCCCUGCACCGACGGAGACACAUGCUGGUGUGAAUCAGGAACGGAGAGAGAGAUAAAGGAAGAGAGAGGCAGAGAAAGAAAUAGAGAGAGAGAGAGAUCAUUGGAACAGACAAACACACACAUACACAGGCAGUCGGGGGAGCGGGAUCUCCCUAUGAAUGUUUUUCAGCUGGCCUGGACGCACACACACACACACACACACACACACACACACACACACACACACACACACACACACACACACACACACACACACACACACACACACACAGACACUCUGUCACGAGGAGUGAAGAUGGAGAGGUGCACAGGGCUUGUGGAGCACAAAACAGGGUCACUUCUGGAUCCCUUUUGGGUUGGAAGGAACGGACGGCAGGAUCUGUUAUUGUUAUUCUUUGGAGUUUAAUAGGGAACUGUCUUUUACAGCACUGUUUGUAAAUGUUUCACUUUGAUUUUUAAAGAUGAACUCGCACUCUUUAUUCGGACAAAAAUAUAUAUAUAUAAUGCAAUGGCAACAGUCUUUUUUUUUUUUUGGUAUCUUUCUUUUACUUUAUUGCUGCUUUUCCAGCACUCAUAAUGUGAAAGACCCCGAUGUGUGGGAUGGAUUUCCUGCGUUAGCAUCAAGAAGUUAGGCCCCUGACUGGAUAACAGGGAAAGACUCGGGCCCCGGUCGGAGAUACAGGCCGUAUUGUUGCGUUGUCACCAGCAGAGGGCGCCAUUUCACCACAGAUGGUUUCCUUUGCCUGCUGAAGCGCCGCUGUUAUAUGGAAUCUCAAAGAGGACCGGACUGUCAUGCGUCUCAUCGCCAGCAAACAGGACCAUCACAGCUACACUCGGAAUGGAUCAACCUCAUACACCACUUUAAAGACAUUCAUUGCUUUAUUUCCAAACGGUGGAAAACGGGACACACAUGUCAUCGCACCAGCAAUGACCCCGCUCACAGGGCCGGGCAAUCCCCAAAUCUCAUCAGUGCUUUUCUUUUCCUUAAAAAAAGAAAAAAUUGAAAAAAAAAUAUUUGGUGGAAUUUGUGCUGUGAUUAGCAAUCAGUUAAGUGCAAUCUUAAAGGAUAAAUAUACUUUCAGUAUGACAACGUUCUGUUUAUUGAAAUAUUUGAAUUUUUCUUUUUUUUUUUUUAAUGCCUGCUUAUUUCUUAUGUUGGACUCAGAAAAAACACAACCCCUCAUGUACAGUGAACUUUGAAAACAAUCAGAGGAGAUUUUCGGUAUGUGAAAAAAAAAUAUAGAGGCACCUUACACUCUUUCAUUCUGUCCCGAUCGAUCAGUUUCUUAUUUUUCAGCUCUGUUUUCUCAGUUGGGUUGGACAGAGAAAAGAACUUUGUGUUGUGGUUUUUGCACAGCGGCUCUUGACCCGAAAGCUGAAACACGACAUGGGCAGCAGUGUUACGGGGAGCGUGAGCCACCUGAUGUACAAUACAGAAGAGCAAUACACACUGAGCAAAGUGAGGAGAACGAACCUCCGCCACUUUGCUCUGUUUGCUGAUGUCAAUAUGGGAGGAGACAUUUCUAACUAGGGGCUGACCUCCUCACUCUUUGAUUGGUUUCCUAGCUCCGGCACGAGGUUUUAAUCUGAUCUUUUCACCUUUUUUUCGUUUUAUUUUGUUUGUCUCAAAUACAGAAAGUCACUUGAAAUGUUCUCACCUCAGACCAGAUAUAUGUUAUCUGAUUUACCUGAGAUUUGGCUACAGAAAAUGCUGAAAAAUAGUAGGAAUAGCAUAUGCA